ACUAGCAGGAAUUGUACCCACUUAUAAAAAGUUAUAAGUAUAAAGUAAAUGUCUAUAGUACCUUAUAAUACCAAUAAUCAAGUUCUUUAUCAUGAUCCAAAUCAUGGAUUACUUGUGUUACAUAAUAAUCAACAAAAUACUAUUCAAUUAUUAUCUACGGUAGAUUUUAAUACACCUGAAACUAAUUCAUCAAAUGGUAAUGAUAAUGAAGAAACUUAUUCUCAAGGAGGAUUUUCAAAUUCCAAUAAUAUUAAAUGUCCAAAUUGUGGAUUUUAUUGGGAUUAUACUACCCAAAAUAAUCGAGGAUCUAAUGAUAGUAAUGAUAAAUCCAACGCGUUAACUAAAAAAUUACCAGCAAGAUUUAUGCAUCAUGAUUAUUUUAAACUCCUUAGUCAACUUCCAUAUAAUAGUGAACAAAAUAGGAAACCUCCAAGUUAUUCUUUACCAGAAAAUAUAUUUAAUCCAGGAUAUUUUAAAAGAUUCUUUAAAAAAGUUCCUCCAUAUACAUUAGGAUCAGGAGCUCAUGCUCAAGUAUUUAAAGUUAUUCAUAUAUUAAAUGAUAUAAAAUUAGGAACUUAUGCAGUAAAAAGAAUUACUAUAGGGAAUAGAUUUGAACAUUUAGAACAAGUUUUAAAUGAAGUACUAAUACUUUAUGAAUUAUCAGUUCAAGGAGCUAAUGAAAAUAAUUUAAUACGAUAUAAUCAUGUUUGGCUUGAAUUAGGUGAUAUUUCUGAUCUGUCAACAUUUUUCUUUAAGGAUGAAAUAUCUAGUCCUGAUAUAAAUUCAAAAGUUCCUUAUGUUUAUAUAUUACAACAAUUUUGUGGUGGAGGACAAUUAGAAAAUUUAAUAGUUAAGAAUUUUCAACAGGAUUUAUUUGCAAGUCUUAAAGAUAAAGUUCAACAAGAAAGAAUGAAACGUCGAGCUUCAAGAGGUAAAUUUACUGGAAAUCAUGAAUCAUUAAGACCAUGGCUUAAUAAUUUAGAGAUUUGGAAGUUUUUCCGAGAUGUAGCUAAUGGAGUUAAUUAUCUUCAUAAUCAUGGUAUUUUACAUCGAGAUCUUAAACCUUCUAAUUGUUUACUUGAUGUUCCUUAUACAACUGAUUUAAUUCAAAAAUUAAAAUUUUCAAGUGAUACAGAACUUGAACAUGAAUUACAUAAAUUACCUAAAAUUUUAGUUUCAGAUUUUGGAGAAGGGAAAUUUAUUGAUAAACAAAGAUUAAGAGAAAGAGAUUUAAAUCUUCCAUCUCUUGAUAAAUCUAAUGAAAGACAAGGUAAUACAGGUACACUUGAAUUUACUGCUCCUGAAUUAUGGUUCUCGAACUAUGAUCCAAAUACUGAAGAUAGUAUUAAAACAUUUAUAAAUAAUUUUAGUUUUGAAAGUGAUAUAUAUUCUUUAGGAAUAAUUUUAUGUUAUCUUUGUGUUGGAACAUUACCAUUCAGUAAUUCAAUUAAAGAUGAAAUUGAUCCUCAAAUAAUUAGAGAAAAGAUAAUGAAAUGGUAUUUCUCAUUAGAGCCAGAACUGUUUCAUAUUUGGUUUGUUGAUGCUUCUAAAACAGCUAGAAAUGUACUGGAAUUUGAUAAAUCACUUAUAGAAUAUGAACAACUUAUAUAUUUAAUGAUUAAAGGUCAAAAAUCAGGAGAUAAUGAAGAAUUUAGAAGAAUCUCAUCUUCUCAAGUUUUAGAAGCAUUAGAAGAAAUUAAAUGGACACAAUUCAUUAGUGAAGAAAUAUCAGAGACAACGGCUUUAGAUGAUUAUUCAUUACUUACAAAAUCUAAUAAUCCCAAUGAAAUAUAUGAGGAAAAUAAAGUUAAUGAUAGUCAAGAUCCAAAUGAUAGUGAUGAACUGGAAUUGAUAGAUGAUAAUGAUGUAUUAAAUUUAAUGAAGCAGACUUCUACUAAAACUAUACUUAAUAAAGAAAUAGAUUUAAAAAAUAGUCAUAUUGUUUCAAAAGUGGGUUCAACCAGACUUUAUAUUAUUUAUUUAUUAAUAGUUGAGCUUGUAUCAUAUUAUUAUUGGUCCCUUCAUUUAUUUUCUUUAAAAUUGGUCAUUCUUUCAUCUCUCCUAUUAGACACUUAUUGGAUACAAGAAAGUAUAUACAGAAGGAAUGUUCUCAUUGCUACUUCGGUAGUGACAUUAUUUCUCAUCAUAUAUCUGUUAUUCUCCAAUCCUAUAACUAUAAAUGAUUGAGUUAUAUAGUAAUAAUAUAAGAAUAGUAUAGUGGAUGAC